AUGUCCACUGAGCUUCACGCCAGCUCCGCCAGCUGCCACGAAAGCAGCUCACAGGUCAGCCCUCCAUUACCAUCACAACCACCUGCACAUACAUCCAUCGACUGUUGGCAAAAUUCAUUCAACAGCAACCGGCAACAGCACAAUCGCCGCAAAACCCCCCGGCACCCAGCAGCCAUGCUCGUGUCCCUGACCGUCGGCAAGGUCGACGCCGGCGUCACGGUGCUCCUGACACCGGACAAACGCCUGAUCGAGUUCCCCUCCAUCCUCCUGCCGCCCAACAUUUCCUCGGGCAGCAUCGUCGACAUCAACGUGUCGCAAAAUGCGACCAAGGAAUCCGCCGAGGAGGCCAAGUUUCGCACACUGCAGGAGCGUAUCCAUGCCUGCUUUGGCGCAGCCUCGCCCCUGACGCCGGUUUUGCGGUGCCGCAACGCGACGCAGACGUCGGUGGUGCUCGAGUGGGACCCGAUCGCGCUCGCCACGGCCGACCUCGUUUCGCUGACGCUGUACCGCAACGGGCAGAAGGCGGGCACGAUCCCGCGCCCCCGGCAGAUGCACAGCACCAAGAUUAGCGGUCUCGCCGUCGACACCGAGUACACGUUUCACCUGGUGCUGCGGACGAGCGCCGGCACGCGGUCGAGCGACAAGGUGGCGGUGCGCACGCACAAAAUGACGGACCUGAGCGGCAUCACCAUUACGGCGGGCUUCCUCCCGGCGGCGCACCGCGAGGCGCUGGCGCGCGCGGUGGAGCGCAUCGGCGCCAAGAUGGCCGACGGCGUGCGCAUCGAUACGACGCACUUUGUAACGACCGAGGGCCGCGGCACGGCGUGGGAAAAGGCUGUCGAAACGAAUAUACCCGUGGUCCGCCCCGAGUGGGUCGAUGCCUGCGAGAAGAACGGCCGCAUUCUGGGUGUGACCAAGUUUUACCUUGAUGCCAUGCGGCCCGGCCCCCCGAGCGAGGCUACGCCGACGUCGACGCCGCCGCCGCAGCCGACUACGCAAAAGAACCUGCCUCAGCCUCCACCACCUCCAGAGAGCAAGGAGGAGGAGGCGGGUGAGGAGAGCGUGGUUGAGGGCCAGGAGGACGCUCCUACCCGUGAGGAACGGAAGUCUGCGGUGGCGAGGGGCAAAGAAGGCGAGGUGGAACCAAAGGCCCGCCGUCCGAGCCAUGAUGAGGAGCAAAAGAUGAGGCUCGAGGACAAGGAUGGCCAGAAAUUUGCGCUGCGCCCUGAGGGCAGCAGGGCGUCCGUGACGGUGGAGGAAGAAGACACCGAAGAGGCACAGGAUGACAAGGAGGAGGCGGAGGCCAAGGAGGCCAAGAAGCCCGCUUCGACGGCUGAUGGUGAUUCGUUUCAGGAGGUGCAGCUAUAA